AUGGCUGAGAGCUCUCCACCGCCUGCUGCUGCUGCUGCUGCUGGGAGCAAAGCAGCAGACGCUGCUGCAAAACGGGCGGCAGUAGAGGGAAACCUACAGCAGCAGCAGCAGCAGCAGCAGCAAGAUAUAAGCAGCAGCAAACAAGAAGGGAAACAACCUGCUUCAGCACCUUCGGGUGUAACUACAGAUCGUAUUCGUUUCCAAGUAGCGACAACAAGACAGGCAGAUCUGCCAAAGGCCUCAGCAGCAGCAGCAGCAGCAGCAGCAGCAGCAGCAGGAGCAGCAGGAGCAGGAGUAUCAGAUUACAGCGGCGUCUUCAGCGCUUCAUCAGCAUCUACAAGUGAACACAGCAGCAAGAACAGCGGGUUGCUGCUGCAUGGAAGGCGGCGCUCGAGACCAAGAAAAAGUAUUGUAGAUUUUCUUGCAGAGACAUCAGGCAUUCAAAAGACAACUCUAGAAGCAGAGCGUUCAGAGAGCUACGCUGCAGCUGCUCGCCUCCUUGAAGAUCUAAAGAAAGAAACACGCACACAAGACGAUAAUAAUAAUAUCAAUAUUAAUAAUAAUAAUAAUGCAACUAAUAUUAACCUGCAUUCAAAACAAGGAAAAGCAAAUGCAGCGACGGCAGCCACCGACAGCAAAACGCAACGCAGUAAUUUAACUCAGGUAAGCAGGGAGAAAUUUCGGGUGUAUAGGCAGCUAACUGGAAGCGCGCGGUGUAUAGGCAGCUAA